AGCUGCCCCCGAAAACCUUCCUUCUGCGCAGCACACGUAUCCCUAUCAUGUCUAGCUGGCAGUUCCUGUGUGUGGCGCUGCUCGCGCUGCUCGGCGCGCUGCAGCUGGUGGCCGCCGACUCCAACGUGAUCGUGCUGACCAACGCCGACUUCGAGCACAAGACGCAGGCCGGCUCGGGCGCCACGACCGGCGACUGGCUCGUCGAGUUCUACGCGCCGUGGUGCGGCCACUGCAAGAAGCUGGCGCCCAUCUACGAGAAAGUGGCGGACGAGCUCAAGGGCGAGGUGAACGUGGCCAAGGUGGACGUGACGGACAACGCGGAGCUGGGCAAGCGCUUCGGCAUCCGCGGCUUCCCCACGGUGCUGCACUUCAGCCACGGCAAGUCGUACAAGUUUACGGGCAAACGCACGCUGGAGGACCUGGCGGCCUUCGCGCGCGGAGGCUUCAAGAGCGUGGACGGCGAGGUCGUGGGCGCCGCGCCGAGCUUCCUGGACUUCGCCAAGCAGCAGGCGCUGGACGUCAAGAGGGACUUCAUCACGCUGCUGGCCACCAAGAAGAACGUGCUGCUGGUCACGUUCUCCAGCGGCCUGCUGCUCGGCCUGCUGCUCGGCUGCAUGUGCGGCUGCUGCACGAGCCGCGGCUCCAAGGCGCCCAAGAGCAAGAAGGAGUAGGCCGACAUGGGCUGCUGCAAGUUGUGCGGACGUUGUAGUUCUCGGUGAGCUAUGGCUCUGUGUGUCUUUACAUUUUUUAAUGGAGCUGUUUGCACUGC